GCUAGCGACGUACGGUCCCGAUUUUAUCAGCACAUUUUUAGUUGCGUCGCAAGCGUCAUAAAUAUAUAUUUGUUUAAAAAUUCCGAUAAAGCAAACAAUUCAAAUCAUUGAAUAUGCCCGCUGUGGUGCGCAUAAAGCGCCGCAUUGACGAAGAACCUCAUUCGGCAUUCCUAUUAAAUGGCAAACGCCGUCGGCUGCUCAAUGAUGAGGACGCGCCCGCUACAUCUACGGCGCCAAUCGCCGAUAACAAAGAGGAACAAAGUCAAGUGCUUUUAAAGUUUGCCGGCACGCUGGAGAAACAGGACGACUGCGCCACCAAACAGUUUGCUGCAGCUCGUAUGAACAAAGCCAUUGCCAAGGAGCUGGUGAAUCAGACUAGGGAUACAGCCAAAGCCAGUGCGCUGCGUCGAGAUAAACAUCGGCAGGAGCAACAGCAAUUGGCCAGGGAGCAACGAUAUCGAGUAGUCAAUUGCCUGCGAACGACUUUGAACGACGUGGAGGAGCAGCAGGAGGAAGAGAAUGGAGGAACAGCAGCCGGUAGCAGCAACAGCAACCAGGCUCAAAGCAAGACUGACAGCAGGCAGAUAACAAUUGUGGACAUCGAGUCCCAGCAGAGGGAACAGGAACCGCAUCUUCCUCUGCUGGACCAGCAGCCCGUUGACUCGGACGUGGGCUAUGUGUACGAUUUGUAUGUGCCGGAGAAUGAGAUGCAGGCGCAAUAUGUUGAUAUGUUCGAUGACAACUACUUAAGGUUGUAUUACCCGUUUAAUUACUACAACAACUGCUACUGGUAACACAGCAACAGAAACAACAACAAGAGCAUCAAGAACAACUACUGCUGCUGCUGAUGCUGCACCGGAUCGACGUGCCACGCCCAGCAUUUCAAACGUCCCCACUUCGCACCCACACAAACGCAAUCAAAAUCAAUCAAUCAAAACGUCGCACGGCACGCAGCUCUUCCUUCAAAAAAGCAACAAUAUCAACUUAAUUAGCUUUUAGGUUCUUUCUUUUGCUUUUUGCACCUCACACGCACACACACACACACACACACAUACAUAUACUAUAUAUAUUGUGUACAUUUUGUUCAUUCAGUCCCAAUUUGUUGCCAGUUGCCAGUUUUUUAAGUUUCUUAUUAGGUUUCAAUUUAAGUCAUUCCACAAAUCGUGUGCUAAAGUCUAAUUAAGUGCUUAGUUUUAGUUUAGCGCGGAAAUCAAAUAAAAUAUAUAUGUUAAUCCAAAUGUA